CCACCCUGUUUGAUGAGGCACUGCACAGAGACCUAGCAGACUUCCGGAUCCAGCACCCAGACUUGAUCCUGCUACAGUACGUGGAUGACUUACUGCUGGCCGCUACUUCCGAACUAGACUGCCAACAAGGUACUCGGGCCCUACUACAAACCCUAGGGGACCUCGGAUACCGGGCCUCGGCCAAGAAAGCCCAAAUCUGCCAGAAACAGGUCAAAUACCUGGGGUAUCUUCUAAGGGAGGGUCAGAGAUGGCUGACUGAGGCUAGAAAAGAGACUGUGAUGGGGCAACCCGUUCCAAAGACUCCUCGACAACUAAGGGAGUUCCUAGGGACGGCAGGCUUCUGCCGCCUCUGGAUCCCUGGGUUUGCGGAAAUGGCGGCCCCCUUAUACCCUCUCACCAAAACUGGGACUCUGUUUGACUGGGGCCCAGAUCAGCAGAGGGCCUAUCAAGAAAUCAAACAGGCCCUCCUGACGGCCCCUGCCCUGGGAUUGCCAGACUUGACCAAGCCCUUUGAACUUUUUGUCGAUGAAAAGCAGGGCUACGCCAAAGGGGUCCUAACGCAGAAACUGGGACCUUGGCGCCGGCCUGUGGCCUACCUGUCCAAAAAGCUGGACCCAGUGGCAGCCGGGUGGCCCCCCUGCUUACGGAUGGUAGCAGCCAUUGCCGUUCUGACAAAGGAUGCAGGCAAACUAACGAUGGGACAGCCGUUAGUCAUCCUGGCCCCCCAUGCGGUAGAAGCACUGGUCAAACAACCCCCUGACCGUUGGCUAUCCAAUGCCCGCAUGACCCACUAUCAGGCAAUGCUCCUAGAUACAGACCGGGUUCAGUUCGGACCGGUGGUGGCCCUCAACCCGGCCACCUUGCUCCCCCUACCGGAAAAGAAAGCCCCCCAUGACUGCCUCGAGAUCUUGGCUGAGACGCACGGAACCAGACCGGACCUCACGGACCAGCCCAUCCCAGAUGCCGAUCACACCUGGUAUACAGAUGGAAGCAGCUUUCUACAAGAGGGACAGCGGAGAGCUGGAGCAGCGGUGACCACUGAGACCGAGGUAAUCUGGGCAAGGGCACUGCCGGUUGGAACAUCCGCCCAGCGAGCCGAACUGAUAGCACUCACUCAGGCCUUAAAAAUGGCAGAAGGUAAGAAGCUGAAUGUUUACACUGAUAGCCGCUACGCCUUCGCCACAGCCCACGUCCACGGAGAAAUAUAUAGGAGGCGAGGGUUGUUGACCUCAGAGGGCAAAGAGAUCAAAAACAAAAGCGAGAUCUUAGCCUUGCUAAGGGCCCUCUUUCUGCCCAAGGGACUCAGUAUAAUCCACUGUCCAGGACAUCAAAAAGGAAAUAGUGCCGAAGCUCGGGGCAACCGAAUGGCAGAUCAAGCAGCCCGGGAGGCAGCCAUAGGAAAAACCUCCACACUCCUUAUAGAGACCUCGACCCCGUAUACGCCUACCUACUUCCAUUAUACCGAGACAGAUAUAAAAAGGCUACGAGAACUGGGAGCCACCUAUGAUAAAAUAAAAAGGUAUUGGGUCCUGCAAGGCAAGCCUGUGAUGCCCGAUCAGUUUGUGUUUGAGCUAUUAGACUCCCUUCACAGACUCACCCAUCUCAGCCUCCAAAAGAUGAAAGCACUCCUGGACAGAGAAGAGAGCCCCUACUACAUGCUAAACAAGGAUAGAAUUCUUCAGCAUGUGACAGAGUCCUGCACAGCUUGUGCUCAAGUAAAUGCUAGUAAAGCCAAAAUCGGAGCCAGGGUGCGAGUACGGGGACAUCGACCAGGCACCCAUUGGGAGAUUGACUUUACUGAAGUUAAGCCAGGGCUGUAUGGAUACAAAUACCUCCUGGUGUUUGUGGACACCUUCUCCGGCUGGGUAGAAGCCUUCCCAACCAAGCAUGAGACUGCCAGGGUUGUAACCAAGAAGCUGCUGGAAGAAAUAUUUCCAAGAUUUGGGAUGCCACAGGUAUUGGGGACUGAUAAUGGGCCUGCCUUCGUCUCCCAGCUCACUUACAGGCCCUCCAAGCAGUACAACGAGAGGUCUGGAAGCCGCUGGCCGCUGCUUAUCAGGACCAGCUAGAUCAGCCAGUGAUACCACACCCCUUCCGUGUCGGUGACGCCGUGUGGGUACGCCGGCACCAGACUAAGAACUUGGAACCUCGCUGGAAAGGACCCUACACCGUCCUGCUGACCACCCCCACCGCUCUCAAAGUAGACGGCAUCUCUGCGUGGAUACACGCCGCUCACGCAAAGGCGGCGACAACUCCUCCGGCAGGAACAGCAUGGAAGGUCCAGCGUUCUCAAAACCCCUUAAAGAUAAGAUUAACCCGUGGGGCCCCCUGAUAGUUAUGGGGAUCUUGGUGAGGGCAGGAGCCUCGGUACAACGUGACAGCCCUCACCAGGUCUUCAAUGUCACUUGGAGAAUUACCAACCUAAUGACAGGACAAACAGCUAAUGCUACCUCCCUCCUGGGGACGAUGACAGACACCUUCCCUAAACUAUAUUUUGACUUGUGUGAUUUAGUGGGAGACAACUGGGAUGACCCGGAAUCCUCUAGUGGACAUGGUUGCCGCUCUCCCGGGGGAAGAAAAAGGACAAGAACAUUUGAUUUCUAUGUUUGCCCCGGUCAUACUGUGCUAACAGGGUGUGGAGGGCCGAGAGAGGGCUACUGUGGCAAAUGGGGAUGUGAGACCACUGGACAGGCAUACUGGAAGCCAUCAUCAUCAUGGGACCUAAUUUCCCUUAAGCGAGGAAACACUCCUAAGGGCCAGGGCCCCUGUUAUGAUUCCUCAGUGGUCUCCAGUAGCGUCCAGGGUGCCACACCGGGGGGUCGAUGCAACCCCCUAGUCCUAGAAUUCACUGACGCGGGUAAAAGGGCCAGCUGGGACGCCCCCAAAGCAUGGGGACUAAGACUGUAUCGAUCCACAGGGACCGACCCGGUGACCCUGUUCUCUUUGACCCGCCAGGUCCUCAAUGUAGGACCCCGCGUCCCCAUUGGGCCUAACCCCGUGAUCACUGAACAGCUACCUCCCUCCCAACCCGUGCAGAUCAUGCUCCCCAGGCCUCCUCAUCCUCCUCCUUCAGGCGCGGCCUCUAUGGUGCCCGGGGCUCCCCCGCCUUCUCAACAACCUGGGACGGGAGACAGGCUGCUAAACCUGGUAGAAGGAGCCUACCAAGCACUCAACCUCACCAGUCCCGACAAAACCCAAGAGUGCUGGCUGUGUCUGGUAUCGGGACCCCCCUACUACGAAGGGGUGGCCGUCCUAGGUACUUACUCCAACCAUACCUCUGCCCCGGCUAACUGCUCCGUGACCUCCCAACACAAGCUGACCCUGUCCGAAGUGACCGGGCAGGGACUCUGCGUAGGAGCAGUUCCCAAAACCCAUCAGGCCCUGUGUAAUACCACCCAGAAGGCGAGCGACGGGUCCUACUAUUUGGCCUCUCCCGCCGGGACCAUUUGGGCCUGCAGCACCGGGCUCACUCCCUGUCUAUCUACUACUGUGCUUAACUUAACCACCGAUUACUGUGUCCUGGUUGAGCUCUGGCCAAAGGUAACCUACCACUCCCCUGAUUAUGUUUAUGGCCAGUUUGAAAA